UCUCCCACCACCCGGUCACACUGCGCCCAAUCAGCUGUUGCCGGAAUUUAUUUGUCGCCUGCGCUCCACAGAUGGUAAACCACCCAUCUUGGAUCGCCCGCGUCCAUGGCAUCUCUAGGCGAAACGCUCCGUGGCCACUGGCCCAUCGCCCUGUUUGGAGUGAUACUUUUCGUGGCCGGGAGCACAGUGCUCUACUGGAACGAGGGACGCGCCGUGCACAACAUGAUGGCGUUGGAUGAGGCACACGCCGACAUCUACUCCGUUCGCUUCACGGAAGAGGAGCAGGAGGUGGGCCUCGAGGGCCGUAUUGUCCAUCUAUCUGGCCCGAUUCUCGUGGGCGAACCGCUCACUGAACCCGACUACAACAUCCAGCUGCUGGCGGUGAAGCUCCAGCGACGCGUCCAAAUGUACCAGUGGGUCGAGGAGACGGUCGAGCACAACUAUGGCGAGAGCGUGGGAACGACACAGUCGGACUCCCGCACCUACUACUACACGCGGGAAUGGCGGGACAAGAUUGUGGACUCGCGGAACUUCUACAACCGCUAUGGGCACACGAAUCCCAGUCACUUUCCCAUCGAAAGCCACGUCCAGGUGGCAGAUGCCGUCUACAUUGGACGCUAUGAACUGGGUGCGGAGGUGAAGGAGAAAUUUAAUAACUACCAGGAGCUGACCUCGGACAUUCGGCCAGAGGAUAGUGGCGUAAAACUGCAUCUGGGCAUAUAUUAUCAUACCAAUGAUGUGUUCAAUCCGGAGGUGGGUGACAUGCGCCUGCUCUUCAGCUUUGCCGGAAUGGAGGGCGAGGUGUUCAGCGUGGUGGGCAAAUUGUCGGGCAACAAACUGGAGCCCUACAUAACCUCUCGGGGAGUUCCGGUGCUGCUCGUCUAUCCCGGUGGACUCAGUGUCCAGGAGGUGUUCCGCUUGGAGGCUCGUGCCCAGGUCUUGCACACCUGGUGGUGGCGCUUCAUCGGCUGGCUGCUCAUCUUCUUCGGCGUCACCUGCAACACCAAAAUUCUGCGUCUUCUGUUUAUGCAGGUGCCGCUAUUGGUGGCCUUGGCACCAGAUUCUCAGUUCCCGGUUACGGGCAACCUGCUCAUCGCAUUUUCAAUGGCCCUAACCAUUGCGGCAGUGGCCUGGGUCCUGCAUCGCCCUGUGAUCGGCGCCUGUCUCUUCCUGGCUGGCGCAUCGCCUUACGUCUGGGUUACCCGCAAUCUAGUCGACUACCAUCACCUGGAGUGAUCCAUUUCAGUGUCAUCUCAAUAUAAUUUACAGGUUUAUUUGAUUUUCAUAGUUGGGCUAACUCUAUUUGAUUUGCCAAUUACCCCUCGGCCAAUAAAAACUUAACACUUAGUAAC